AAUCAGCGCGGCGGAAUGUUCGAAUCUGACCAAUCAAUCAACGCGAAAUUCAAAGCCGCUGAAAUUCAAUUUGAAUGUGAAACUGUUGUGCUCAAUACUCAAACGAACUUGAUCAGAGGCGCGUGUGUUGGAGAUAUCUUAAAGUAUUCGGAGGGAAAUCUGACUAAAAUGGACGAUUUUACUCAGGAAGAAAAAUUAAAGAUGAGUGAAGAAAAUCUUUGGCUGGUACACGGAAGGGAGGAUGUGAGCUAUAAAUCACAGUGGGCUCAAAGGAGACUUCUUGAGAAAAAAAAUGCGAGAAAACGAAAGCAAGAGGAGGCUAGUGCUGCACUAAGAAGCAUCGACAUCCAGUCAAAUGCAAAGAAGUCACCUACCAAGCUCAGACACCCACUUUCCCCCAAAAAUGACAAUGACCCAGUUGGGGCAAAACUGCCACCUGUUGCCAAACCAAGAACUGACAGAGGCUCAGAAAAGAAAUCCACUCCUCAUCGCCGAAAUUAUAGAGAAGGAAGAAGCCCAGGGAAAGAUCUUGAAGAGAUUCUUGACAGUGGAAGAAAAUCUCAGAUUUUCACAUCUUCAAGAAAUGAGAUGAGUGAUGCAAAAAAACAUGGAAAACAAAAUAAUGAUGUUAAUGUAGAAGACAUAUCUGUUCAGGAAAGAAUGUCUAAGUUUUCAAGCCAGAGUAGAGCUAAUUCUUGUGAACGAAAAGAUGUUACAUCUAGAGGAAGUACCAGUAGAGAUUCAAAGGGAAAGAGUGGCUCUAUCAGUGAUCGUUUGGCAAUUUUUGAGACAUCGUCAAAGGCAAAUGAAAGUCGUUCCUAUGCCUCUCCAAACAAAAGUAGUGACACAAAAGCCACGCGGAAGUCACAUAGAUCGGAAGAGGAAAAGUCAGCAAGCAGAAGUCCAUCUAAGAGGUUGUCAACAAAGCUGCAGAAGACAAGUACUAUGAAAGAGCCUGGUAAUAACAGGAGUGAAGUGAAAACUCCACUGACCCCACAACUGGAAGCAAUCAACAACGGGGAUGUAUCAUGUGACUUUGAUUAUAAUUCCGACGAGAACCCUUUUGACAUCUCUUCAAUUCUAAGAGCUGCCAAUGAGGGUGAAGCACAAGUGCCUAGUGCUGUGGAAUACAACAAAGCAUCAUGGGAUGUUAUGGAUUAUCUAACUGGUGAUUCACCACAGGUCAAUGAAAACAAACAAGGCCAAAAAAGAGACAGUGUUUACAGUAAUUAUGGUGCGGACGAAGACAUGUCGGGCUUUGCAAAGGAAAUAGCCAAGAAAAGGAAGGCUAUCAAAAGCCCAUACCAGGAGCAAAGCUUGAAAAAGAUCGAUUCUAAUCUGAACGCAAAAACGCGUGAUCUUGUGAGAGAAGAACUGCCAAAGGCGAAAAAUGUCGAAGCGAAGGCUGCAGAGGUUAAACCCAGGGAAGAGAAGAAGGUGACACAGGACAGAAAGACUGUCGAGCAAAAGCAAAAUAUUCAAAAUGGAAGCCGAUUGAAAAGCGAAGCUAGCCAGAAGCAACACAGGCACGCCAAGGAAGAAAGAAUGCAACUUGAGCAGAAAGAGGCCCCUCCUAAGCCCCCAAGAAAGGGGAAGGAAUCGUUUGAAAACAAUCAGCAAGACGUCAAUAUGAUCGAUAGUGUUGAAACAUUUGAACACCAGAAUACGAAUGAAUCAGUACGCGGAGAAGAUAAAAGAAAACGGGGAAGAGAUGGCGAAAAUGCUGCGGUGGUACUUGACACAGAAAAGGCUAGCUCCGGCCAUAGAGAUGGUGCAUAUUCGAUUCGUGAAAAACAUGAAGAAAAUGAUUCAAAGAAACUGCCAUCGUUUCUGAUAGUGGCCCAUACUCUUGCCAACUGCCUGAUGUUAAAGAAGAUUCGUCCAGUGCCGAAUCUGCCAAUGAGGUGAUUUUCUCGCCAAACUCCCAAGCGUAUAAGAGCGUCAGAGAGAAAAAGGUGUCCAAAGGACGCAAGGGAAUGAGAAGGUCAAUGAGUUUUAGCGAAGGACAGUCUCCCAUCAUCCCGGUUAUACACAAAUCCGGUUAUAACGAAGAGAUGAGCUCCAAGUACAAUGUUGUUACUAGUUGUACUCCGUCUGGAGAAGGGGAAGAAAAGAGCAUAUCGGAUCAAAUCAAGGACCUGCUAGAUUACGGUGUUUCCCAGCAAAAUAUUGUCAUUCAGACCAGUCAAGCUUUGAACUUGUCAUUGAAUGGGGAGGAAAGAAAGGGAUGUCCUGAAAUCAUCGAGGGAGAGCGCCUUCUUCUUCUAGCUACGCAAAGAAGAACGGCAUGUCUCGACGAGGUUGAAAGACUCAAGCAGCCAGGCAGCCAUCGCAGUAAGAAGACGGCGAACAAAGCAUGCCUACCUUGCAAGGCAGCUCUCGUUAUUUCAGAUAUCAAGUUGCCGCUGAAUGCUGAUUUCUUGGUUGCUCUAAGAGGUGGAAGAAUGGAUCUUGGUGUUUUCCAUUUUGUUGUUCUCAUCCAACAUGGGCCUACUCAAAUCUAUUCGACAAAAGUUCGCUGCACUUACGAUGAACUCACAAGGAAUUUCAUUACUUUCAACGACCGUAUUGUUUUGAAAGAUGUACCACAUGACUUCGUUUUGAAUAUUAAAGUUUUUGGAAUGCACACCAAGCGGGCAUCUGAUGUUGUGAGCCGUGGUAAAAAGUCCCAGCAAUCCAAAGAAAGCCCUGGGCUGAUAAAGAAUAUGUUCUCAUCGCUUACACCAAAAAAAAGGUUGAAUUCUGGAGAUGACUCACCAGUGCGUGGUUCUUCUCCAAAGCCUGUUUUCCGAUCCACAAAUUUCACAUCAGUUGGAAAUGUAUCCCUAAACCUCUCUACUAUAAGCUCUGGAAGAUUUGUUCUCAAUCAGGUACCAAAGAACUGCCCUCUUGACGGCUUUGUUGAGCUGAAUGUUGAUUGCCUCCCUGAAUUCACUGCAUCAGCAAGAGGAUUUUUGACAAUAUUGGAAGAAGUUGGCGGGUUCACAGCUUGGAAUAGACGAUGGUGUGUCAUGAAUGGAGACCUGAUAUCUUUCUGGAGAUUCCCUGAUGAAGAAGAGCAGAAGCCACCGACAGCCACAAUAAAUCUGCAAUAUUGCUCGAAUCAGUUAGUCGAUGUUGUGCCACGAAUGGAUUGCUCCAGACCUAAUACGUUUGAGCUGAUGAUAAAAAGACCAUUGACCAAAAAUGAUAUCCCGUCUUUGCUAUCAACUGUAGAGGGAAAGGAGCUUCACACAAAAUACUGGGUGUCGGCAGACAAUAAAGAAGACAGAGUUGCCUGGAUUGAGGUAUUGAACCGCCAGCUCAGCGACAGCAAAGCUUGGAGUUCCAGACAGAGGCCAAAAGUGCGCAAUGGAAACAAUAAUCACGAGAGGGCCAAGGACUCAAAUGCCAGCCCAAGAAAACAACACCGUGUUGUCGCUGUUUAAAUAACUUUGUGGCCUAUUAUUUAGAGACAUAACCAGAGUGAUCUGAAGCUCUUUGUAGUUUAGUCAUUGUAUAAAAAGUUAAGUAGAAUUUAAGACGCAGAAUUAAUUUAUAUCAUCUCAGAGUUUUCGUAUACUUAUUUACAAGAUUCAGUCAGUUUUGCUGAAUUCAGUCCUGAGGAUAAAUGAUUGGCGAACAGUAAAUUUUAUUUGCGAAGUGUUACAAUCGUUGACGGACAAGAGCCUGUAUCAUGAUGGUUUUUGCGACCAAGUGCUGCCCAGUGUGGUUCGUAAAUUACAAUGCAUUGUAGCUCUUGAUCUUUCAUAUUAUUUUGUUUCCCUUGUAAUUGCUUGCAGAAAACAAAUUCAAUUUUGCAAAUUCUGCUGAGCAAUUUUCGAAGGCUACAAGAAUGGAGACUGAAAAAAAGAAUUGUAUCCCCAAAUAUCAUACUUUAUUGUAAAGCAUUUCAUUAAGUGUUGUUUCUCAAACUUAUUUUUUGUGUAAUUGCCAUAUUUUGUACAUAGCUUGAAUUCUUCUAUUUUCACAAAAUGCGUUUGUUUUGAAA